UUUUAAACACCUGCGGCUCGUGACGUCACUUAUUAGAGCUCGUUGAUUGGCCAGGGGGUCUCCUCCAAGCUCCUCCCCUCCUGCCACCGCAACUCCAGUGGAGUCGGCUCCCGGCGUCACAGCGGGAAACUUUUCGGGUACUUUAUUAAACCCAGGUCCAGGAAAGCCCGGAAAUGAGUCAUUUUAAGGAGCGCUUCGUGUCUCUGCUCCAUGAGAAGAACUUUGUGACAGAUCAGCUGGCGACGCUGGAAGAGAAAACUGGCGUGAAGAGAGAGUACAUCACUCUGGGUGCACUGGGUUUUGUCGGACUCUAUCUCCUGUUUGGAUACGGAGCCUCACUGCUUUGCAACCUGAUUGGCUUUGUUUAUCCAGCAUAUUUCUCGAUCAAGGCUAUUGAGAGCGCAUCUAAGGAGGACGACACACAGUGGCUGACCUACUGGGUUGUGUAUGGACUCUUCAGCAUAGUCGAGGCCUUCUCUGACAUCUUUCUCUUCUGGUUCCCCUUUUACUAUGCUAGCAAGUGUGUGUUCCUCAUAUGGUGCAUGGCUCCGGUGACCUGGAACGGCUCUGACAUCCUGUACAAACGUGUGAUCCGGCCAUUUUUCCUGAAACACCAGACUGCCAUGGACAACGUGGUCAGUGAUCUGACUUCCAAGGCGAAGAACAUCACCGAUACCGUCACAAAGGAGGGUGAGAUACCCACAGUGUACAUCUGUUAACCAGGCCCUGAAACAUGGCAAGGAUCAGUAAGAAGGACACCGAGGCUUUGUGUGUAUGAGGUUGACUGAUUGAAAGCCUGACUGAAUUAAACGUGUGUGCGCAUACGUGGGUGUCUCUGUGUGUGUGUCUGUGUUUGUCUUCUUUCCUCCCACUUCCAUGAUGAAUGACGACCUCCAUGCCGUGCGGUGUACUGAAGCUUCACACUACUCAAAUCAAAUGAUCUUUUCUGCAUCCACGUCUGUUUACUGCCAGCAGUGCAGCAAAGGCAAUCAAUAAAACUGUGACCUUUUUAUUGGAUCUUAUUUUCUUUGUUGUACUGUAACAAUGUGUAAACCUCCAAUUAUGGAUUUAUAGGCUUCAGCAGCAUUGGCUGCGUAGCCAGUGUUCACGCGGCCAUUUGUGACUGAAAACUGCCUGAUGACGGUACGGUGGUAAAAACACGUUGCCUUGGAACGUUCUUAUUCAUACCUGGAUCUUUUAAUGUGCCUGUUAAACGGUACGACUUUUGAUAUGUCUUAAUUUAUCAUCUCAAUGAUUUAAAAAUUUGUGAAUAAAAAUUUGUCCUACGUUUGCCUGAAA